AGUGAUACGGCGUAAUGUUAUUGAAGUAAAGCGGCUUCCAUUUACUUCAGAUAAAAGUUUCAUGUUGAGUAGAGUGGAAGUGCAAACAGUUUUGAACAGAAGUUUUCUUUAGGUAUUUGCGGAUAAAAGUGUAUUAUACUGUGUACCUUUAGUACCUUUAGUAAGAUGAGGACGAUCGGUUUGCUUUUGGGGAUUUUUAUCCCUGGGAUUAUUGCAAAUGGAUUAACUGACAGAAAUAAGGGAAAAUGUGAGAGGAUCACAAUUCCAAUGUGUAUGGAUGCUGAUAUCAAAUAUAACAUGACAAGUAUGCCAAAUCUUAUUGGACACACAAAUCAAAAGGAUGCUGCAAUACAAGUUGCAGAAUUCAGUCCACUUGUCCAGUUUGCCUGCAGUAGACAUUUGAAGUUUUUCCUAUGUUCGCUUUAUGCCCCUAUGUGUACCACACAGGUCGAUGAGAUAUUAAUUAUACCCGCUUGUAGAUCAAUGUGUUUGGAAGUGAAGGAAAAAUGUGAACCUGUACUUUUACGCUUUAAUUUCCGCUGGCCUAGUAUGUUGGAUUGUAAUCGCUUACCAGAGAAAAAUGACAAUAAAGAACUGUGUAUGCAGGCGCCCGAUUUAAACACGGACGAGGAUGAACCAGUUGCGCUGCCACCUGCUGGCAUCGAUCCCGCCAACUCUGAUUGGUGGACUCUUAUGGAAGCUUUAAAAGGACGUGGAAGUGGCGCAACUUCUGCAUCAACAACUCCCAAAACGAAAGAUGGCAAGGAGGACCCUCAGGUUAUUUGCCCUCACAGAUUUAUCGCAGUGGAAGUUGCAAGUAAAAAUGACACAUGUGUCCCAAGAUGCAACGUGGAUGUAUACUUCCGUAAACAUGAUAAACGCUUUGCGGAAAUAUGGAUGAUUGUGUGGUCAGCACUGUGUUGCUUAUCAACUUCGAUAACUGUGGUGACAUUUUUAAUUGAUACCACCCGAUUCCGUUACCCUGAACGACCAAUCAUCUUCCUCAGUAUGUGCUACUUCAUUUAUUCAUUGUCGUAUAUGAUCCGAUUUAUCACUGGUGCUAGCACGAUUAGCUGUGACAAAGCUAGGGAUAACUCUCUGUUCCUUAUCCAAGAAGGACUGGAGAACACUUGGUGCAUCAUCAUUUUCCUCAUUCAAUAUUAUUUUGGGAUGGCCAGCUCCCUCUGGUGGGUCGUCCUAACACUAACAUGGUUUCUCUCUGCGGGGAGAAAAUGGGCUCAAGAAUCUAUUGAGGCAUUAAGCAGUUAUUUCCACAUGGCUGCAUGGGCCAUCCCCGCUAUAAAGACAAUGGUGAUAUUGAUUAUGCGACGCGUCGAUGGAGACGAGCUAACUGGAUUAUGUUAUGUUGGCAAUCAAGAUCGUGUAGCAUUAAUAUCGUUUGUGCUUGCCCCCCUUUUCUUCUAUCUCAUCAUUGGAACUUUUUUUAUCCUCGCAGGAUUUGUAGCGUUAUUUCGCAUCCGCAGCAAUAUCAAACAUUCAGUACAAGAUGGAAAUACUGAUCUAAGAAAACUUGAGAAACUUAUGGCCAAAAUUGGCAUAUUCUCAGUAUUAUAUACGGUUCCUGCAACAUGUGUAAUAGGCUGUCUAUUCUAUGAACAACUUAACAUGAAACAAUGGAACAUGAUGGCGAAGUUAAAACCAUGUAAGCUUAAACAAAACUUUGACUAUGGUCCCCAGCCCAGACGAACAAUGCUAGAUUGUGACUUAGAACAAUCAAUACCUACAGUCGAGGUAUAUAUGUUGAAAAUAUUUAUGUCACUUGUUGUUGGAAUUACAUCGGGGAUGUGGAUAUGGUCCGCAAAAACUGUUCAAUCAUGGAAGAACUUUUGUACCAGCAGAUUCCGCAGGAGAAAAUCUAAUGUACCAGCUUAUCAACCAGCUGGUCCUAGUGGUACUCAAAAUACUGUUGUGCGAUUAAAAGGUGACAAUCGCGGCAUAAAAAUGGCUGGUUCUAGAGUAUGAUCUGAAAAGAUUCUGUUAAUAUGGAAACAUUAAUAUUUUCUGCAGUUGCCAUGGAAACAGAUUUGUAUCUAUUUGUGUUCAGAAUUAAAUAAUGCUUAGAGUUCAGGUCAUUUUUCUUGUAAAAUUUCCAAUAGCAAAAUCAUCUCAAAUUUUGUCCUGGCCAUGAGUACAUUCAAAAAUUUCAAGGGGGUGAUAUCCACUUUUCUUAACACAUACUCAGGGGUACACUAGAUACCUAGGCCUGAUUUAUACUCAGCUGGUUUGUCCCAGUGCUUGCAACAUACUUAUGUGUCUCAUCAGGGUUGGUCUGGGUGUCAUUCAUACUUUAAGUCACAUUGCAGGGAUUAAGAACAAUCACAUAGAAUGAUAAGAACAAUCACCUAUAAUGUUAAAGCAAUCACACCUAGAAUAUCACAUUACACCAUAACAUUACAAUGAUUUAUACAGUAAAUGGUUGAACUCUAAGCGGUAUUUAAAAAAGUUGUUUUUUACUAUUUUAUUAGAAAUAUGGCCAUGUUGAAUAGUCCACAAAGAAAUCCUACUUUAACUAUUUAUAUAUAGACUACUCAACAAUUUGCCAAAUUGUCUUUUUAUGAUUUGAACUAACAUGAAAGGCAUAUGUCAGUUUGUUAAAGUGUCUUUUAAAUGUUGUAUGUAUUAUUCAUUUAACCGUAGGCCAAAAUCAACCAGGACAUAUGAUCAUAGGACCUUUGCCUCUAGGUGCCCAAAGUAGCAUAUAUAGGUCUAAAUUAUGCAAUCAUUAUCUUUAUGAACAUUUGACAAGAAAC